UUUUGUCUUCAGAUCAUCUCGAAAUCACUUUCAACAACUUCGCAUAAUCCAUCACAUCUCUAGACACGUUCAAUUCGUCGCUUACAGUACUCCCCAUUCAAGAUGAUUUCUGCUCUCCUCAAAGCCGUGGUCCUCUUCAACCUUGUUUUCAUGAUAGCGGCCUUCAAACUUUCUGAACGAAACAAGCUCUACCCUGUGAUGAACACAUCCAGCAAGGCGGUCUUGGCGAAAGAUAGCUUGGCGAUAGAGGCACGUAGUGCUACCUGUUGUCCUAAAGGCGACCCGCGAGGAAUGCCAACAAGAGCCGAUGCCUUAGCCGCAAUGGAUUGGCUCACCAAACCAGGACUAAACUGCGGAAUCAGUCGCGGAGAAACCAGAGUUGGCUGUCUCAACAGUGCUGCGAUUAUCGUUACGAACCCAGGUGCAAAUACUCUCAAUAUCCCCUGCGGAGUGAUCUCUUCGGUCGUCAGCGAUCUUGCGACUCAGUGUGCGUCGACGCUUGGGGAGGAUACAAUCUGUGGAGUAAGUCAUCAGGCUUAUGACGGUAAUAGUUUUGUGGUCGUAGUCAUUACGGAUCCAAAACCAUGUUAGACUUCGGAAGGAGUAUUUUCAACGAUUAUCGAACGUGGCAGGAUUUCAGGCGGGCUUGACGGUUCCAUAUGUUGUUGAGCGGAAUAGGAGUGGAGGUCAUUUUUGACUUCUUGUCUUAGUUGUCUGGGUUUUUGUUUUAAUAUUUCCAGU